AUGAAUUUCGGAAAACGUGCACUCGGACCGAACAUGCGAUUUCUGGGCGAUUUAUAUGAUGACUAUCGACAGAAGAGAGAUUUCGAUCGUGAUUUCAUGCAUUUUGGUAAACGUUCCGCUGCGGACAGAUGGCCGUAUCAAGGAGCCGACAAAAGAGACGAAGCGUUCAGCCGUGAUUUUCUCAGUUUUGGAAAACGGUUCGAUUCUUGUUCAGACCGAAUUCAUCGAAAUCUACCUUUUUGA